UUCCGAAAGUGGAAGAAAAGCCUGGACUGGAACUUGACUGUAAGACUGAAAUAUACACAUCACCAACCUUGACCCACAAAGAAGAAGAGUAUUCACCAUUGGAAUUUAGACAGGAGGAAACAUCUGAUUUGAGAGAAUAUGGUCACGAUGACUCUACUCCUACAAGAGAAGUUCAAAGGAUCCAUACUAGCAAAAGGAUGACAGAGGAACAAAGAAAGAAAGUCAUCAGACAUCACCAAACGAACACAAUGAAGAAAAUACAUGAAUGCUCUCAGUGUUUCAAAACCUUUGCUGCACGUUCCGCUCUUGCGAUUCAUCAACGAACACACACAGGAGAAAAGCCCCAUCAGUGUUCUCAGUGUGGAAAGACCUUUAUUCAAAUAAGUAAUCUCAAAAGACACCAGAGGAUCCACACAGGAGAAAAGCCCCAUCAGUGUUCUCAGUGUGGAAAGGCCUUUAGUGAUUUGGGUAGUCUCAAGAAACAUCAGAAGAUCCAUACUGGGGAAAAGCCCCAUCAGUGUUCUCAGUGUGGAAAGACCUUUAUUCAAAUAAGUAAUCUCAAAAGACACCAGAGGAUCCACACAGGAGAAAAGCCCCAUCAGUGUUCUCAGUGUGGAAAGGCCUUUAGUGAUUUGGGUAAUCUCAAGAAACAUCAGAAGAUCCAUACUGGGGAAAAGCCCCAUCAGUGUUCUCAGUGUGGAAAGACCUUUAUUCAAAUAGGUCAUCUCAAAAGACACCAGACGAUCCACAUAGGAGAAAAGCCCCAUCAGUGUUCUCAGUGUGGAAAGGCCUUUAGUGAUUUGGGUAGUCUCAAGAAACAUCAGAAGAUCCAUACUGGGGAAAAGCCCCAUCAGUGUUCUCAGUGUGGAAAGACCUUUAUUCAAAUAAGUAAUCUCAAAACACACCAGAGGAUCCACACAGGAGAAAAGCCCCAUCAUUGUUCUCAGUGUGGAAAGGCCUUUAGUGAUUUGAGUAGUCUCAAGAAACACCAGAUGAUCCAUACUGGAGAAAAGCCAUAUCAGUGUAGUACAUGUGGAAAUGGUUUCAAAAUUAGCAAAGAACUUAGAAACCACCAGCUGACACAUACUGGAGAAAAGCCACAUCAGUGUUCUCAGUGUGGAAAGACUUUUAUUCAUAUGUUUCAUCUUAAGACACACCAGAUGAUCCACACUGGCGAAAAGCCAUAUCAUUGUUCUCAGUGUGGAAAGGCCUUUAGUCGAAUAGGUGUACUCAAGAAACACCAGAUGAUCCACACAGGGGAAAAGCCAUAUCAGUGUACUACAUGUGGGAAGGGUUUCAGGAGUAGCGGUGAACUUCCAAUCCACCAGCUGACACACACUGGGGAAAAGCCCCAUCAGUGUUCUCAGUGUGGAAAGACUUUUAGUCGCAUGUCUAAUCUCAAGACACACCAGAGAAUCCACACUGGGGAAAAGCACUAUCACUGUUCUCAGUGUGGAAAGGCCUUUAGUGAAUUGGGUAGUCUCAAGAAACAUCAGAAGAUCCAUACUGGGGAAAAGCCCCAUCAGUGUUCUCAGUGUGGAAAGGCCUUUAGUGAAUUGGAUAAACUCAAAAGACACCAGAGGAUCCAUACUGGUGAAAAGCCACAUCAGUGUUCUCAGUGUGGAAAGGCCUUUAGUCAAAUGGGUGAUCUCAAGACACACCAACGAAUCCACACUGGUGAAAAGCCAUAUACUUGUUCGGAGUGUGGAAAGGCCUAUAGUGUAAUGUCUCAUCUCAAGACACACCAGAGGAUCCACACUGGGGAAAAGCCAUAUCCGUGUACUACAUGUGGGAAGGGUUUCAAAAGUAGCAGUGAACUUAAAAAACACCAGAUUACACAUACUGUAGAAAAGCCACAUCAGUGUUCCCAGUGUGAAAAGACGUUUCGUCUAAUGGCUCAUCUCAAGACACACCAGAGGAUCCACACUGGAGAAAAGCCAUAUCAUUGUUCUUAGUGUGGAAAGACUUUAAGUCUAAUGUCACAUCUCAAGACACACCAGUUGAUUCACACUGGAGAAAAUAAAUAUUUUGAGUUUUAAACCAAAUGUGAAGUACCUGAUGAAGUAUUAUUUCUUCAUAUUUGAAAAGUGUGAUGUGGUAGAGAUUGAUAUAAAAAUUGAGUAAAAUAUAUAUGAUUUGAGUGUUUUUUCAAGUGUGUAUAUGCGGGGUGAGGGUGUUUGUGUGUGUGUGUGUGUCUGUUUACUAUAUGUAAUUGUAACAGGCUAUCAGUAGUGCCGCACGCCCAUACACACACAGACACGCAUGCACUCAAUCAUGUCUGGUUAAUUCCAGUCCACUAGGGAGCAGCGAGGGGUCAUUGAAGGCACUCGGCAAGGCAGGGAUAAGAGAAGGAAUGUGGGAGCUUGUGUUUGAAACCUGCUUUUGUUCUUCACUUCUUAAGGUAAUCCAACCUUUCCUUUUCGGUUGAACUGCUGCAAAUAAGUGUAUAUGUUCUAACAACAAGCAGACUGGUUAUUGAAGAGUUACUUUGUUGAAGGGUGUUUGUGUGUGUGUGUGUGUGUGUGUGUGUGUGUGUGUGUGUGUGUGUGUGUGUGUGUGUUUAGUGAUGUUUGUAGAGUGUGAUUUGCAAAGGUUUUGGGCAACUGAUGAUGAUAGCCUGUCUUUUAUUGUAGCCUGUUUUAAUGGAUAUUUAAUAAAGUGAACUCCAUGCUUU